AUGGCUGUGGGCGAAGAAAGAAUGUCUUCCGCACCACAUGGAAUUCGAUGGUUUUCUACGCAGAGCAACAAAAAUCUGGCAAGAAAACAAAAGGUGAAAACAGGAAAGAAACUGUCGAAUUUAGAAGCUCUUUACAAACUAGGAGACGGGAAACGUGAAGCUAAAUCUACAGAUCCCCUUCAGUGCUUUCGACUUACAGUUCAUUCACUAGUUGAAAAACCUCCGCGGAUUCGAAGGAAGACAUCAAGUACUAGCUCACUAGAUUCGAAACUUUCAAAGAAGAAAAGCGAAAAUCUAGAUUACGCCUAUGUCUUUGUCGAAGAAACUGAGAUAGAAAAAUCGAUGAGAGAACGUUUAAUAAGCGAAGUAAAACAACAGAACUGGGUGGAAAGCGACAACAAAGCUCAACACGACCUGAGCCGGUUAUCGUCUCCAAGUUUUUCACUAAGAAAAGGAAACGCAUCAACUCAAGGCGUUUACAAAAGCAAAUCUUCAUCCAGCUUCAUUCCCAGAUCACACUACUGUAAUCGCUUAGUGCAUACGGAUAAAGAUGAGUUUUCUAGGCAGUUCUGCGAUGUUCUUGGUCCUACGUUAUGUGCCGACUGCACCCGAACACAAAUGCAACAAUUUGUUAUCGACGAGCACACCCGGAACUUUCCUGACAUCUGCGUUUCUCCUUAUGUGUUAUGCGUACCACAAGAGACCGAAAGAGACUUGAAGACCCCUUUUACGGUGUACAGAGACUGCGACCCGCUUCAACGAAAAAGACCAUCGACGGUUAUAUUCACACACAGCACGGCAGGUUUAAAAACACGUCCUAACAGUCAGUGCAGUGACGAGAAAAUGCGUUUAACUCACGAUCGUGUUUUGAAUACCAGUUCGCCCACGGAGACGCCAGUUCCUGAAACACCGUUAUCAUCUCCUCUCUGUUCACGAAGAUCAAGCAUAUCAAGAUAUUUGACGGAAUCGAAAAAUGAACAAUCGCUCUCUUCAAGCUCCAGAAGAGUAAAGAUCUCUACAGCAUUUCAGAGCGGUACGGCUGAAAACAAGAACCAAGAAAAGUUUUCUAGUGACAGACUGGAUCCUAACUGUUUUAGUAAAAGAAAAAGUGGCGCGCGUUCUACUACAGGGAGGGCAGUUAGCAAAACACGUUCGAUUUCAAGAACUGGGAAACUAAGCGAGCUACCUUACUGGAAGUUCUUGAUACCCGAGCCGCCUAUGAUGGAAGUUGGGCGAAUGAAUGUCAGCAUUUAUACUCCAAAACAGCUACCUGGGAUUAAGAUUUUCGAUGAAGCACUGUUUGACAUUUAG